UGUCAACAACGUCAUAACCAUUACCGCUGACAACGUCAAAGUUUCGCUGAUGUCGACAGGACUAAUUCUUAGACUUCUAAUAAGCUUAUAGACAAAAUAUUAAGAUGACAGACCAGGACAAAAAAGAGCAACAUACUUUGUAUUUUUACAAAGCGUUUCUAAGCGAAGCUGUUUUCGAGUGUUUACUUGAGGAGUGGAAAAACAUAGAGACUGACAAAAGGAAAGCUUUAAAGAAGGAACAGGAACUAGAAGACACGGAUAGUGAAAAUGAAGAGAACAAAAUGAGGAUCUUACAAGAAUGGAAAAAUAGCCUAGAGAAUGAUAGGGUAGCAAAAGAACAGCAGACAAAAACAGGACUUGUGAUUACAAAGAUAUACCAGCAGAAGAUCGCAGAAAACCCAUUUAAGCACGCGGAAGGAUAUGUUUAUCAGAAUCUGGAAGAGCAGAACGCUAAAGACAAACCCAAGAAGAAAAGAGAAAUAAGGAGGGAAGAAAAAAGAAGGCUGACAAGAGCCAGAGAGGAAGAAAAGAUGAUAAAGAAACAAUUCGAAGUAAUAGACACAAAAAUGGAAAACUAUUCAAGGGAGGUUAGAAUUCAGUGGAAAAAAGAACUGAAGAGAGAACAGAUGAGAAAAAUGACUUGUAGAAGAAAGUUAGAAAAAGAAAUGAAAACAAAAAAAGAAGAAAAGGAAAAAGUACAAAUCAAAAUGUUGAUAAAUGAUAUCAGGAACAUAUAUAUAUUAGAUAUACUGUGCCCAGAUGAUAUCGAUAUGGAAAAGAAAGAAGAAGAGAAAGAAGAAAGUAAAGAAACACAAACAAAUAUCAAUGUUAAAAUCGAUGAUCAAAGAGAAGAAAAGAAGAAAACAGUUACAGAAAGAAUUCGCUCAUUUUUCAUGUCACUGUGUUGUAUUAAAGGACAGUAAAAAGAUAUAUUAUUUAUAAA